CCCUUUGCAGACUGGGAGGGGCUCUUGUGGGAGCAGGAAGCCGGGUAAGGGGGCCCCAGGAAGUGACCUCACCUCCCUGGUAACAGAGCCCAACAGAACUCGGAACCCGGGUCACCAGGCACCCACGUUCUGGAGACAGCGCCCGACUGGGCUCAUUCGUUGGGACACCUUCGCCUGACGAACAUGUUCUCCUGUUGUGUGCCCGUGUCCGCCGGCUGCCGGCUCAGGGGAGCCCGAGGCUGCGAUGCUUCCCGACCCUUGAGACAGUGGGUCAGGUCGUGCACAGGACGCCUCAGGUCUCUAUCUCGCAGGGACCCAAAGAAAUCAACCGAUGAAAUCGGGAAACGUCUGGCCGAAUCCCGAUUCACCUGCCCUACAGAGUUGUGCGUGUGCCCCGUCGCCCAGGAGGGCCACCCUGGACCCAGGGAGAGAGUGGCCACACGGAGGUCUCCGGAAGCAGAGCCUAGAGUUGGCCUGGGAAGGCCUCCUUCACCGCCCUGGCCCCUCCACAGGGUCCUGGUUCACCGGUCCUGGGAUCAGGACCCGGAGCCCCCGGAGCCAGAGCCCGAGGAGUCCGGGGCAGGAGCAGAAGCCGGUGCGGCUCCAGAGCCCGGCCCAACAGCAUCGGGGUCCUCGGCGUCUCUGCAGGCAGGGGUGGAGUCUGGGGCGACUCCUGCUGGGGCCGGAGAGCCAGCAGGUGACCUGGGACCUGUGCUGGGACAGCGGGCACCUGAACAGAGUCAGCUGGGUCCUGCUUCUGCUCCUGCCUCUGCUGCUUUCACAGUUCCCGCUGCUGCUCCCAACUCUGUUCCUGUCACUGCCCUUCUCCCCGACAAGGAUGCCUCCCGGAGACGAAUCCAGCCCGAGGACCGCCUCGGGGUCGGCCUGGGAAGAUCUGGGUGGAAGGACAGGUGA